CAGAUGGAAAGCAUGUUGUCAUACAGGUAUGAAAUAUUAUGAUGUAGUAUUUUUCUAUGUUUUUAAUCAAAUAUUUAUUUGUUUAUAUUUCAGAGUCCUGAACAUUCCGGUUCAAUGUAUUACAAUUACAAAAAGACCCAUAGCAUUGUAUUAUUAGCGAUGUGUGAUGCUAACUAUACUUUCACUUUAGUUGAUAUUGGAGCUUUUGGCCGUCAAAGUGAUGGUGGUAUUUUUAAAAAUUCUCGAAUGGGUCAGCGAUUUGUACAAGGAAAAAUACAUGUUCCACCGGCUGAUGAAAUUUAUGAAGGAAGUUCUGAAUAUCCAUAUGUGAUUGUUGGAGAUGAAGCAUUUCCAUUGAGCUCAUAUUUAAUACGACCAUAUCCUGGUCGAGAGGGAUUAUCGAUUGAAAAGAAAGUCUUCAAUUACAGGCUAUACCGAGCAAGAAGAAUGAUCGAGAAUACAUUUGGAAUACUUGCAGCUCAAUGGCGAAUUUAUAGAAAAUCGACAAUUGCAAAAGUUGAUACUGUUGAAAAAAUUGAAAAAAUGGUGAAAGCAACAGCAGUUUUGCACAAUUGGCUUCGUAAGCAAGAUAUAACAAGAAGAGGAACAUUUAUAACACCUGAAAUGGUCGAUAGGGAAACGAAUGAUGGAUCAAUUAUACCAGGCACUUGGAGAAAUAUGGUCGAAACUAAUAACUCUGUUCUACAAAAUAUUGCUGCUUGUUCCAACCAUACAUAUUCAAGAGAAGCUGCAAAUAUUCGAAUAAAAUUUACAGAAUAUUUUAAUGAAGAAGGAGCUGUUCCAUGGCAAUUCGUACGAAUUCAUCAGUGAAGAAUGAUCCUAAAAUAUCAAUAAAAUUUGUAAUAAAUUUAUAUAUAUAUAUAUAUUAUAAAAUAUACAACAUUGAAUACUUUUCGGCGAACGCAAUUUUUUCAAAUUAAACCGUUGUUUUUAUUUAAUCUUAAAUUACAUUCAGUCUC